AUGGAGGAGGAAACGCUGUUAACGAGGGAGAGCGGAGAAGGAGAGACGGGCGAGGCGAGCAGACUCGUGUGGGGCUACGCAGGAAGCGAACUCUUGGAGGAGGCGCGGCGGCUGGGCUGCGUCGCCGCCCCCAUGGUGGCCGUGACUCUGUCGCAGUUCCUGGUGCCGGUGAUCUCCAGCAUGAUGGUGGGCCACCUGGGCGAGGUUGAACUCGCCGGAGCCGCCAUCGCCACUUCCCUCGCAAGCGUCACCGGCUUCAGCCUCCUCGUAGGAAUGGCAAGUGGUCUGGAAACCUUAUGCGGCCAAGCCUAUGGAGCAGAACAGUACCAGAUGUUAGGAGUCCACACCUGGAGAGCCACACUCUCUCUUUUAGUGGUCUGCUUUCCAGUCUCUCUCAUAUGGGUCUCAAUGGAAAAGCUUCUUCUCUUAAUGGGUCAAGACCCCUUAAUAUCUCAAGUAGCUGGAAGAUAUGCUAUGUGGAUGAUUCCUGGCCUGUUUGCCUAUGCCUUUGCUCAACCUCUAAUGAAGUUUCUUCAGUCUCAAAGCCUACUUCUUCCUAUGCUCCUAAGCUCUCUGCUGACAUUGUGCCUUCAUAUCCCUCUGUGCUGGAUGUUUGUGUUUAAGUCAGGCUUACGUAAUGUUGGAGCUGCACUCUCGAUAAAUAUAUCAUACUGGUUGAAUGCAUUUAUACUGGUGAUGUACAUAAGGUACUCGGCUUCCUGCAGAGCGACUCGCGCACCAAUCUCAAAGGUGGCAUUUCGAGGCAUUAAUGAGUUCUUACGUCUGGCACUACCAUCAGCACUGAUGAUAUGGUAAUUAGUGCUGCUUGUUGCAAUAGUAUGUUUUCUUAUUCCUUCUAUCAUCUUUGGUUAAUGGUUUAACACUUUAACCAAUGUUUAUUGCAGUCUUGAGUGGUGGUCUUUUGAGAUUCUUGUGUUGC